GAGGCGGGAUUCGACGAUGACGUGAGGCGGGAUUCGACGAUAACGAAAGCUGUAGAGGUAUAUCGCGUGUGCGUGUGAGUGGGUCGGAGUCGGACCAAAAGCGAAAGUGUCCCUUCUUUGUAGACGGCUUGCUCUAAAAACAUCAAGGCUGUGACUUGGAUAAGUCCUGAUUCCUCUUACAGCAGCGCGUGGACGUGAAGAUCUAGUAUGUUCUACCAGAAUGAAAGUCCAGAGGUUGUAAGGAAAAGGAAUGGAAUGGAGUUUCAUAGGAAUAGAUUUUGUAGAGAGAGUAAAGAGGAGAGCUCAGUCAAAGUCACCUUGCUCGGCUAUAAAGUUAUGGAGGAGAAGACAAAGUUUACAGUCUACAAGAUCUUAAUAGAGCGUGCACCAGACCAAAGCUGGUUUGUUUUUAGACGGUACACAGAUUUCUCACAACUAAAUGACAAGUUAAAGGAGUUGUUUCCUGUGUUUAACUUUUCCCUGCCACCCAAGCGCUGGUUCAACAACUUUAGCACUGAAUUCCUAGAGGAGAGAAGACUAGGUCUUCAAGACUUUCUACAGAACUUGGUUGCCAACAAAGAUGUGCUUAAUAGUGAAGCAGUCCGAGAGUUCUUAUGCUUGGAUGAACCACAUUCAGCCUUUGACAGUCUUGAGAAGAGGGCCUUUUGUGAGACCGACUGUCAUCUUCAGAGGACAUUAAUGGACAACAAAUGUGAGAUUGAGACCCUGAGAAGCCUCCUGGUGCACAAAGAGCUUCAAAUUAGCACGCCCGAAAGGAAAAUGAUUGAAACUCACAAAUCCCAAAAUGUGCUGAACGUGCUGUCCGCAGACACAACUGCAAAUGGAGACUUUUUAAGAGAGCGAGAAGUGGAGAAAGACAACCCCAGGAGACCAAAUAAAAGUUCUGAAUUGCAGUUUAUAAGGAGUCACAGAGCAUGCUGGUAUGGCUCAGCCACUGACGGGGCACUUACUUACAUCCAGGCCAACAAGGAUCUGGAAGACCAUUCUAGGAAUUCCAACAAGUAAAUAAAAGAGAAAAAAUUUCAGAAAUGCCGCAUGUGCAACAGCAUGUUUGUUUUUGUUUUCUGUGCUC